AGAGAGAGACCGAAGGUAGUCUGUGAUUAAUCGGUUGGUUGGUGCUACGUGUGCCUAGUGAGGCUGGUGGUGGCUCGGCUCGGACGGCCCAGGUCGCGGUAAUGCCUCGCAGCAGCGAUCGUGUCGCCAGGUCGCACGGUGUCGCAGGCGGGGUGAGGGACCGGGCCGCCGCAGGUAGUACCGGCGUGGGUGUAGUCGCGGCCACCGCGGGUAGGAUACGUUGACGAGCGCAGCCGACCCCGGUGGCACGUUGCUGGCCACCGUCGUCGUCGCUGCAUCCGCAGGCCAUGUAUCGAGGCGAGCCGGCGAUCGACCGUGCCGGCAGCGGCGGCGGUAACCGCAGUGCCGGCGACCCGCGCCGGGCAAGAUCGACGCGUCGACGACGCGCAACGGCGGCCGCCGACCUGCCCGAGGACGCCGACGGCGAGGAAGAACCCUACGGGGAAGGGGAGGAGGGGGAGGAGGAAGAGGACGAGGAGGAAGAGGCCUAUAUCGUUCUCGAUGUGCAACCCCGGCGACCGUCCGACUCCACGACGAGGGUGUACCGCAAUGACGAUUCCUGCUGCUGUCGCGCGGUUCAGAGGAGGCCGGGUAGAAGACGGCACGGCUCGGGAAAUGCCCUCAGGAUACUCUUCGUCGUUGCCGCAGCUGCCUUCCUCGCGCUUGCCGUCUCACCAGUGUCUGGAACGACGAAUAAGAAAGAGGAAGAGACGGCGGCAUCUUCGGUUACGGAAGAGAAUACCGUGGUCCUGGGCACGAGAACCAGAACGGGAAGCGAUGCUGGAGGAAGUAUAGAUCUAUUGGCAGCGCUGCAGCUGCACAAUACUACUCGGCAGGGCGUUACACAGGUGCCGGGUCUGGUUAGGCUGAGACCAGCUUAUUAUCUUCAGGGCGAGGAGAGGGAGCUCCGACUGAACGAGGCAAACUUCGAACGAGCGGCCGCGUUACUCCGGCAGGUUCCGGAAUUCACUAUAGCCGCCGCGCUGCGCCAAGAUGAGGCCAAUUCCGGGACGAUCGUCGCCUUUUCGCACGGGAACAAUAGGUAUUUGGAGCUGCAGAGCAGCGGUCGCAAGGACGAGCUUCGACUUCAUUACGUAUCAAGCCACGACGGAACCGUACACGUCGAGGCGUUUCCUUUUCGACUGGCCGAUGGCGCCUGGCACAGGGUCGCCCUGAGCAUAAGCGGCUUGCAGGUCGAGCUGCUGAUCGACUGUCACCCCUUGUACAGGCGAUUGCUGAGACCUGGUCCACCCGACACGAAUUUUACCCUACCGCAACUUCAGCUCUGGGUCGGACAGAGAAAUGUCAGGCACUUUCUCUUCAAGGGUGCCUUACAGGACGUCAAGCUAAUAGCAGGACCUCACGGUUAUCUUUCCCAGUGUCCUCAGCUCGACUCAUCUUGCCCCACAUGCGGUCAAUUUUCGACGUUACAGAAUACCGUGGAACGAUUAUUGGAUAAUGUCAAGGAAUUGACCCAUAGACUAGCCGCUGCAGAGGGCAGAAUAAGCAAAGUGGAGGAGUGCGAGUGCCAAAAGUCUUGUAGGGCGAACGGUACCGUCCACGAGGACGGCGCGACCUGGGAGAAGGGUUGCCAGCAAUGUUCCUGCGUCCACGGCAAUAUCGAAUGCAGGCCAACGCCCUGCGCCCCGGCUACCUGCAAGCAUCCUGUCAUUCCUAAAGGACAGUGUUGCCCGAUUUGUCUCAAACAAUGUUACUUGCAUGGCGUAAUAUACGAUCACGGCGAGAAGGUCUCGCCGAAACAAUGCGUCGAAUGCGACUGCUCCGACGGUAGCUUCACCUGCCAGAGGUUCGACACUGAUGUCAAGUGCCCACCACUGCCGUGUCCACCUAGCGAGCAAAUCAGCGUGGCGGAAGAGUGCUGCAAAUUUUGCCCAGGGGUGGAUUACUGCGCGAAGGGCCACAAGUGUCACGCUAACGCGUCCUGCCUGAAUCUCCAGACGACCUACGCCUGCCAUUGCGAUAUCGGUUUCCAGGGGGAUGGUCUUAACUGUCAUGAUGUGGACGAGUGCAAGCAGCAAGGUGGAUUGGACGGUCAUCAUUGUAACGCAAACACGAGAUGCGUCAACGUGAUCGGCUCUUAUACGUGCGAGUGUCUUCCGGGUUACCAUAGAGUCGACAAGUUCAAUUGCGCCGAGCUGGACGAGUGCACGACUGGUCAUCACCAGUGUGAUGAGCAUGCCACGUGCGUGAACACUGCCGGCAGCUACUACUGCAUCUGCAAGGACGGUUAUACCGGCGACGGUUAUACGUGUAAACCCGUGUGCAAUCAGACCUGUCAGAAUGGCGGCGAGUGCGUGGCACCCGGGAGAUGUUCCUGUCGACGCGGUUACAUCGGCAACAGCUGCGAGCUCGACUUGGACGAGUGCGCCAGCGAUUUACACCGGUGUCAUCAGUCGUCCACGUGCUUCAACAUGCCCGGCUGGUACUACUGUCGUUGUAAGUCCGGCUACAGAAGCGCCCUGCACGACAGCACCCAGGGCACGCAGUGCCUCGACAUCGACGAGUGCAACGAUCUGACGAUAGAGAGGAGACAUACAUGUCAUCCCACCGCGAAAUGCAUCAACACCGAGGGCGGCUACGAGUGCGUGUGUCCACCAGCAACAAAUCUGGAGGAGACUGCAGAGAAAUGUAGACUCAGCUGCUGGUUCAAAGGUCGCGAAAUCAACAAUGGCGACACUUGGACGCAGGACGAAAAUUCUUGCAGGAGAUGCACGUGUCAAGACGGCGUGAUCACUUGCAAGGACCUCGUAUGCGAUUGCAGCGCACCGGGAAGCCAUAGGAAUAAAUGUUGUCCCCAAUGCAAUCCCGCAGCGUCCUGCAGGCAUCAAGAGCUCCAUCACCUAGUCUUCAGAAGCGGAGAACGUUGGAUAUACCAGUGUCAGACUUGCGAAUGCCUGUACGGCGAAAUAGAUUGCUGGCAGAUGGAGUGUCCACCGGUAACCUGCUCGAAUCCCGUGACCGAGGAGGGCGAUUGUUGCCCGCGCUGCGAGGACGAUCCCUGUGCACGAGAGGUGCCGACGAACGGCACCAUGUUCACGGUUCCUAGUCGUCCCCGACCCUGCAGCUACGCUGGCAUCGUCCACGACAGCGGUAGCUCUUGGCAGGACCCCCACGACAAGUGCACCACGUGCGAGUGCAAGGUGCCGUACUGCGCCCAAUUGGACGGGCAACUUUGCUGCAGCUACGAUUACGGCUGUGCUGGCGAUCUGGGUGACGACAAGCAGCAACGGCCUCCAGUCCCUGCUCCUGAGUCUUUCAUACGUCAUCCAUCGAACUCUGCGGUCCAGUCGUUGGUCAACGGUACACCGAAAGCAGCUCUACCAACGGUCACCGGCACAUCCGGCACUACACGCACCAUCACUACCGCCGUCACCACCUCCGUCGCGAGCACUACCUUCCCUGUCUCGUCGCCCUCGCACUACUCGUCAUCCUCCAACAUCAGCAACGAGAAACCUCACGAUCUCAGACGAGAUCAGGCAACAGGUUUGGCCAUGUCGCGAACUCAACAGAGGGGCGCCUAUCAUGCAAUUAGGUCGCAACAGCAGCAGCAACAAGCAUCGUCGACCACGAGAUACCAGCAGUAUGUCAGAGGUUCGACGACGUCAUCAACGGCGUCAGAACGAUCCGCGACGCAGUCGUCGUCGACGGCGAGGACGCCGCUUGCGACGUCCAGCGACGACAGAUCGACGCCGUCACGACGCAGCCAGUCGACAAAUACCGUCAGUCGUCGCGGCAUCGCCACCGCUUCUUCCUCUUCCUCGUCGUUGUCAUCGUCAUCGCCGACUCUCGCGGUGGUCUUGGCUACCUCAACAAUCGAGGAGAUCGACCGACCGUCCACGAGCAUCUCCGCGCAAAUUCGCCAGCUGGUCGGUCGUCGUAAAGACAACAAAAAGUCCAUUGUCCUCGACAGCGCCACUUGAGGACCGUGGAUCUAGAGGAAGAUAGGAAAGGACGAAUCUGACACAAGGCAUUCUAGAGGGGAAAUCCUGGAAAAUCUCUCAUAGUCGUUCAAGCGCGUCGUUCGUCUAUUGUAUCGUCGGCAGAAGGAGGAAAAUGAAAGCUCAAGAACAGAAGGAACGGGAUCAUCAAUGAUACACUCGACAGACACGCGGAGAAUCAGUGUCAUUGCGCUGCUGCGAGAGAGAUUUGUUCCUGUUUCCGGAGCCUGUCUCCGUGUCUGAUAAUUUCGAGGAGAGAUGGUUAACGUCUCAUCAGAUCGACGAUCGCUGACCUUGGAUCUAAUACCGUUAGGCUUCAGGUUCUAAUCCUGAAAUCGAGAUACUGUAUCGUUUGCGAUCGAAUAGACAAAGUCAUGUCAGGAUUUUGACACUAUCAAGAUCCGGACUCGGAACAACCGCGAGCCGGACUUGCGGCUCAGAUAACGAGCACGUUCAGAACGUUCG